AUGUUCAAUACUUCGGGAAUUGAGCACACUUUUAACAAGAAAGGGGAUGUUUCCGAAGUUAUCAAUGGUACUCUGCCUCUGGGCACCACCAGCCCCACAGCCAUGUGGAAUGAGUCGUGCGGGGAGCAGCUGCAGGAUUUCGGGAGACCGGAGAAGAUCAUCAUCGGGGUGAUGUUGGCGAUCAUCACGGCGGUCACCGUCAUGGGGAACACGCUGGUGGUGAUCGCCGUGUGCGUGGUGAAGAAACUAAGGCAACCUUCAAACUACCUUCUGGUGUCUCUUGCAGUGGCGGACCUGUCAGUGGCCAUAGUUGUGAUGCCGUUUGUAAUAGUGACGGACCUCACCGGGGGAAAGUGGCUUUUUGGAGAGGUGUUCUGCAACAUCUUCAUCGGCAUGGAUGUAAUGUGCUGCACUGCCUCAAUCAUGACCCUGUGUGUGAUCAGCGUCGAUAGAUAUCUGGGGAUCACACGGCCUCUCACCUACCCAGCGCGGCAGAACGGCCAGCUGAUGGCGAAGAUGAUCCUGGGAGUAUGGCUGGUGUCAGCAUCCAUCACCCUGCCACCUUUCUGCGGCUGGGCCAAAAACGUUCACACAGCCGGUGUGUGCCUCAUUAGCCAAGACUUUGGCUACACCAUCUAUUCAACAGCUGUAGCCUUCUACAUCCCUAUGCUGGUCAUGCUGGUCAUGUACUACAAGAUCUUCAGGGCAGCCCGCAAGAGUGGCGCCAAGCACCGCUUCACUGACCUUUCACGCCGCGAGCGCCUCGAAACAGUGACUAAUGAGGCGCUGCGAAUGCAGGGCCUGAAGCCCCCCGGUGUGGCGGAGGAGUGCGCGGCCUUGUCCCGCCUGCUGAACCGUGAGCGUAGAAACAUCUCCAUCUUCAAGCGGGAGCAGAAAGCGGCGACGACACUGGGGGUGAUCGUGGGGGUGUUUGCCGUGUGCUGGCUGCCGUUCUUUAUCCUGUCCACUGCCAGGCCCUUUAUUUGCGGAGUGGAGUGUAGCUGUGUGCCCAUCUGGCUGGAGCGCACACUGCUCUGGUUAGGCUACGCCAACUCCCUAAUGAACCCCUUCAUCUACGCCUUCUUCAACCGAGACCUGCGCUCCACUUAUCGUGACCUUCUCCGCUGUCGUUAUCGAAACAUCAACCGCAGACUGUCUGCUGUGGGCGUGCAUGAGGCUCUUAAGGUUUAAAGCGGGGUACUUCAACAGCAUAUUGAAUCUCAGAAAGCGGGGAAUGGCGGACC